UUUUAACCACAAACCCAAACUGCCCCUCCUCCAUCAGCUGAUGACGGUAAUAUCAACCCAGAGCUUGGCAGGAAGUGCAUCUUGUGUCUAGCUGGAACAUGAGGAUAAGAAGCUGUUUUAUACAAAGCUACUGGGACAACAAACUACGCUUUUGACGAAAAAAACAGUGGGAGAUGGACAGUUAUAGAAGAGGACGACCAUGGGGAAAGCUAGUCAAAGUGGACUCCAGUGAAACUGUCCUGCUUUUCAACAGGGAAUGUACAGUUGGCAGAAAAAAAGGAUGUUAUCUGUCCUUUCCAGCCAACAAACUGGUCUCAGGGGAGCACUGCAAAAUUGUGCAAGAUGAAAGCUCUGGGCUGGCAUGGCUCGAAGACAUGAGCACUAAUGGCACGGUGAUCAACAUGUCCACACUGGUCAAGAAGCAAACUCACAUUCUGCAGAACGGCGAUGUCAUCUACUUUGUAUACAGGAAAAGUGAGCCAGAACAAAACAUCGCUUAUGUUUACCACUCAAUCAAUAUGGAGCAAGCCGUUUCACAACAUGGUUAUGACAUGGAGAGGUCGGCCUACAGUCCUGCUCCGCCUUUAGAGAUGUCACUCUCUGUGGAGCCUGUAAUGCUCCCAAAGGCUCCUUGUGAUCCAACUCAGGAGGAACCUCAGCCCUCCACCUCCACUUCCCACUUCUGUAUUGGGAGCCCUACCACUUCUGGUCCCAUGGCAACCACAACCUGUCCUGCCUCUGGCGAUGCUGCCCCAGCACAGAAAGAAAAAGACAUGGACAACAUGGAGCCAGAAAGCAAGAGGAGAAAAACUGAUGAUGAUAAAAAUUAUGAUUUGGGCUUGCCACACACGUCCAGUACAGAAGUGGUCGGUACAACUAAGGGAAGUCUUGGGAGUCUUUUGUCUAAACCACCAGUGGAAGGCACUAAGACGGACAAGAUGGAGGAGACCCUGACAUGUGUUAUUUGCCAGGACCUACUGCAUGACUGUGUCAGCUUGCAGCCUUGCAUGCAUGUCUUCUGUGCUGCCUGUUAUUCAGGCUGGAUGGAGCGUUCUUCUCUUUGCCCCACCUGCCGCUGCCCUGUGGAGAGGAUUCGUAAGAACCACAUCCUUAACAACCUGGUGGAGGCCUACCUCAUUCAGCACCCAGAAAAGUGUCGCAGUGAGGAGGACCUGAAGAGCAUGGACAGCCGUAACAAGAUAACUCAGGACAUGUUGCAGCCAAAAGUUGAGCGCUCUUUCUCUGAUGAGGAGGGAAGUUCAGAUUACCUCUUUGAGCUCUCUGACAAUGAUAGUGACUCCUCAGACAUUAGUCAGCCUCUAGUGAUGUGCAGACAGUGUCCUGGCUACAGGAUGGAGGUCAGUCAGGUGCUGUUUGCUACAGGUUCAAACUACUGGCUCCCUGGUCUGCCACCUCCACCUCCUAUACCUGCUCCAUCCAAACCAGCAACUGAGGAGUGGUCUGCAAAGCCCACAGGGGAGCAGCCCUCAACAUCCUCUGAAAUCCCCUCAGCUCCUCAGGAGUACCGCUGCCCCCCUCAGGGCUGCCAUCUCAUCUGCACCUGCUGCCUCCAGCCAAUGCCAGACAGACGGACCGAGCUAAACAGCCAGCAGGUUAUUGCUCAACAAUGUGUGCUGUGCCAGCGACCCUUCUGUCAUAUGUACUGGGGUUGCCAGAGGAUUGGGUGUCAAGGCUGUCUGGCUCGAUUCAGUGAGCUCAAUCUGACAAACAAAUGCCUGGAUGGUGUGCUGAACAACAACAACUAUGAAUCAGAGAUCCUCCAGAACUACCUGUCCUCCAGAGGGAAGUCAUGGAGAGAUCUGCUCCAGGAGUCUUUGCAGGCCUUACAGCAGGGAAACUACUAUAUGUCAGAUUGUCGUAUCUCUCAAAGUGCCAUCCUGUGCUUCUGCUGUGGCCUGCGAGCAUUCAAGGAGCUGGCCUACAAGUACAGACAGACCAUCCCUCCAUCUGAACUGCCAGCUGCUGUAAUAUCUCGUCCCGACUGUUACUGGGGACGCAACUGUCGUACGCAGGUGAAGGCACAUCAUGCAAUGAAAUUCAACCACAUAUGUGAGCAGACACGUUUCAAGAGCUGAAGGAGCAGAGUGGUUUGUUUCUUUACGUGUCAAAUGUAGAUAACUGAGCAUCUCGUAGACACGACCUUCAUAAGUUUUGUUGUGUCCAUUAUAGCUAACUGCCUUCCAGAUGUUAUGCAAUAACCUAAUGCAGAAUUUACUAUUAGUAUCCAUUUACAGUAGUGACCAGUGUCUGUCUUGACACAGGGCUGUGUGAAAUAAUGCUAUGCACAAUAUCAUUAAAGUUCAAUGUUUACUAAAGGUUUAAGGUGGUUUUUAGAGUUAAGACCUGUGAGGGCAUUUAACACCAGCCACCAUUUAAAUUUAGAUCAUUUUUGGCUGUAGCUCAUGCAUUCGUCUAGUCUACCAGGUAACCAACCACCAGAGUAAUUUAUUUGUUAUUUGUUAAUAAUGCUUCCUGAUAUGUCCUCCAGCCUAUGUGACAAAAAUGUUGGUUUUCUCAGAUUAAGAGCGAGUGAGGCAAUCUGUAUGGAUUAAGGCCAUUUAUGUACGCUUACACUUGUUGGUGAGCAUGUUUUACAUUAUGUCCUCCUCCAGCCUUGGUAAUUGAGGCUCAAAAAACCCUCAAUGAUUUAUAUUUACCUUCUUUAAUUGUGAUGUAUUUUAACAGUCUUAUGACAGUCUUAAGAAAUGCUGAGUUGAGAAUCCAGGGCUUCCUACAACAUAAUGCAGAUGAAAACAUCUGUACCACAGUAAAGUGAUUAUUAUUACUGUAAUAGUAAUACUCUGUAGCACCAUUUUGGGCCAAAAAACAAGCUGUUCCCAAGAUCAAAUCUUUAAACUAUAUUAUGACGUGUAAAUGUCUUACCUCUGAGGGACUUUACUUGUUUCGCCAGGGCAUUACUGUGUUCCCAGACAAGGGCAAAAAGCCACAUCAAAGCCCUGCAUAUGUACUAGGGUAGAUUCAUAAUCCCAUGUGAUAUUUGUAUGGGACUGGGAAAGGGAUCAAUGUGUUGUAAUGCUGUCAGAGGGCACAGGGGCCUCUGUUGUAUGCUUUGCUCUGGAUAAUCAUCUCCAAGUAGUCUAGAAGGGACGCUUUCUCAGAGCCUUGUAGUAAGGGCUAAGCUGUGAUGAAAUGCACAGUUACUCCAUGUAGACUCCUGAGAGUCUGCCCUCCAGGCAACCAGUAAUGGUUAAAUAUGCUGAUGGUGAUGUUGCUUUUAGUGCCAUUGGCCCAUAGAGUUUCAAUUUUCAUAUGCAGAGUUUUGCAGGAUGCACUUGCAGAACCAACAGUUUAGAGAAUCUUGCCAAUACAACAGUAUGUUCUGUUGUCAUUGUGUUUCCAUUAUAUAUGUUAUCGCUUACCUUGCAAGAAUUUUGAUAGAGGUUUAUUCAGACAGUAGAUUUUUCUGUUAAUGUUUUGGAGAUAUUAGUUGGAUUUUCUCUGGUUCCUCAGGUACACAAAGCUGCUGUUUUGUUGUUUUGUUGUUUUUUAUAAAUUGCAGGUUAGCCAUGUCUGGGGGUUAAAAAAUUUCUGUCAACAUGUAAAAGCUGUCACUAAACAAUCAUGUUGAAUCUGAUGACCCCUCAUUUAUGACUAUCACCCAAGUGUCAGUAAGUCCCGAUCAUGCAAACAUGCACAGCUACUAUUGAAGAAAUUGACAAAUCAGCCUGCUUCUUCUUUUGGACUUAUUUAGCCCAGUCAAAUAAGAACAUUCAGACAUUAGUUUCAAGAGGCCUUAUAUAUUGGAAUACGAGAAUGAUGUAAUAGUCUUGAUGUUUCCUUUUUUUUGUAGGUUCACUAUUAUUACUAUUAGUGUGUAGAAAAAUGCUGGUAGAUAAAGUAGAAAAUGUUAAAAGCAGGCCUUAGCUUGCAUCCAGUAGAUUGUGUGAUUUCACAUAAAUGCUGGUUCUUAGUUUUUCAAUUGAUUUAGAAGAAUAUAUACUAAAUAUGUCUAAAAAUGUUUGCUAGAUGUGUUUAUACUGUACAACUUAUGAGGAUAUUUGCACAUAACUUGCCUCACACAAAUGAAAAGGCUUCUUUUUAAAUCUACAAGGUUAUGAUAGGAGCCCAACAUCCUUGAAGAGCUGCCUUUAUUCAGCAUAUGAGAUGUCAAUAUUCUGGCUCAUAAUAUCUGAUUUGUAAACAUAUGAAGAGUUUCAUUCCAAAAUGACAUGUACAUCAUCAGGAGGGGGGGGGGAUAUCUUUGAUGGUUUUGCUGGAUUUAGGACAUUAUGUGCAUUUUUGAUAUAUAGUAUAGGUAACAUUAGCCAUAGUGAAUAUGGAUACAGCAUGUGUUGUUUUGGAAUGUAGCUCUUCAUAUUUUCAUUGUAAAUGUUGGUAGCAAAAUGGGAUUGUACAUGGGCACUCCUGGCCUUUGCCCAAGCUCCUUAAUUUGAGUUAGUUUGUGGUGUUAGCAAGGUGGUUCAGGUGUUUUUUAUUAUUUUAUUUUAUUUUACCCCUGAAGACAUGGUGGGGCUACACUGGCAUUCCUUAGCAGCUCAGGCCCUCAGCACAAACCCGGUCGAUUCCCCCAUCAGUGGCUGAGUUUUAAUUAUUCCCUACUGGAGAUCUGGGCACCCUAAGCCAACAACAGUCCAAAGCCGCUCCAAUCAGGAACUAGUAUUAAAGAGGCUUUGGAGGAGUGCUUUGCAUUCUCCCUGGGUUGGGGGUGGGGGGUAUGUUAUGUUGUAUACUAAGGCGACUAUUUACUCACUUUGUGUGCAAACGUCUGGACCAGGCUGCUCAGCAGUAUGGAAGAGGCAGGUUUCAUUCUACCUCAUCACAGCUCCCAAGAAUAUGGGAGACUGAACAGGCAUCAGUCACAUUCACAUCGUCAUCAGUUUGAAGCCGGGCACGCCUCUCUCAGUAUGAGGGAUGGAAGUCCUUACUGAUGCCUGUAAACUUUGUAUGCAAUGCACUAUUUGAACAGUUAGUCUAGACUAUAAUCAACUUCUAGUUAAACCUAUAGAGCAGCACUAGACACAUGCAAAAAAUUUGUGAGGUUAAUAAAUAUGUUUGAUAAAUGCCUCUUUACCCUGUAUAUUGUAUUAGUAAUGCUGAAAUUGUCUGUGAUUUGCCUAUUAAUCUGAACAAAUUAAAAGACUGAUAUAGCUGUCUGUAGAAACUGACUUGCUAUUGUCAAUACCAUAAAAAUCACUGUCCACUUAAAAAUGUUUUGCUUAUUGUUACUUCACUUGGAUGUUUAAGCUUCACUGUGCAGAAUUUGUUUUUGCUUGACACUGAAACGCUGUUUUCACUUUCAUCUGCUGACGGUGGAAAGUUUCUGUGUUCGCUUUAAGACGUGUAGGUACGAGCAGGAUUUUGUGACCUCACUAGCUGAGAAGCAAAUUGUGGUCCAAAAUGCAACGUACACACGUGUGAUGGAAACCUGAAACCUCCGACACACAAAGAAUGGAGUUUUUAGUGAAGGAGAAGACAUCUUGUAUCUGGCAGUUAAAUAAAAACAUUUGCAUAUU